CCUUCUUGAAGAAAAACAUGGUUGAUAUUGUCUCUAGCCUCGCUGCCAGUCUCUUGCAGAAAUUUGGCUCUCUAGUUUAUCAAGAGUUCUGCUUGGCAUGGGGCGUCCAGAGCGACCUGCAAAAGCUUGAGAGCACGAUUUCCGACAUUAACAUCAACGAGCUCUUGGAUGCUGAAUACAAGCAAGCAAGCAACCCCAUGCUGAGGAACUGGCUUGGGAGGCUCAAAGUUGUCUUAUCUGAUGCAGAGGAUGUGAUAGAUGAAAUUGAGUACAAAGUUUUAAGGAAGCAAGCGAUUAGAGCGUACAGAAGCACUAGUUCAAAGCUUCCACCUUUCGUGAGCCACGAGUAGUCCCAAUGCGAGACUGAACGUAUGAAUUAGCUUUGUUCGAAUUUAGAUACAUAUAUGUCUCUUCCUUAAAUUGCAUAAAGAUAUGUAAAAUACAUAAAUAAAUACAUGCAGUGACAUGUGUGUAUAAAGUGUGUGCGAUAGUUAGUUGGAUUGGUGGAUAUAUGUAUUUGCUUCCAUAUAUGUUAUUAUUGCUCUAUCUAUCUA